UGACUGUCUGCACUUGGACAAUGACGCCAACGCUCCUAUUGUGGCUCCUCAUCCUAAUUGCCUCGCUCAAGCCCUCAGAAAGCCACGGUCACGACUUUGAAGAUGUGAAGGACUAUGAGGUGGUUCGACCCGUCAGACUUCACACAGUUAGAAAGAGACAUGCAGAGCAUCUCAGGCCAGAGACUGUUAAGUAUGGAAUGACGGUGGGAGGACGAGACAUUGAAUUGCAACUCGAAAGAAAUAAGGAAUUACUCACCAAAGACUACACUGAGACUUACUACCAAGAAGAUGGGACUCGAGUCACCACUACUCCAAAUGACGUCGAUCACUGCUACUAUCAUGGCAGCAUUGUGAACGACAGCCAAUCGUCUGUCAGCAUCAGCACUUGUGAUGGACUCAGGGGUUACUUCAGAACAUCAGCCCAGAGGUACCUGAUUGAGCCACUCUCUGGCGGCGAUGAGGGGGACCACGCGGUGAUGACCGUUGAUGACAAGAACUCCACACCUGCAAUGUGCGGCGUCACCAACACCAGCUGGAGUGACGACUUCGAACCCCAAACGAGUCGGAGACGCUCCAGAUCAGUGGGUAUCGUCCAGAAACAGAAAUACCUUGAGCUCUACCUUGUUGCUGAUAACCGUGCGUACGUGAAGAUGAAUCGAGAUCGGACAGCGAUGAGAAACAGGAUAUUUGAAGUUGUCAACUUUGUCAAUAUGGCCUACAAGCCUCUGAGGACCUUCGUUGCUCUGGUGGGGCUGGAAAUCUGGUCCAGUCGUGACUUGAUCUCUGUGACCCCCCCGGCCGGGGCCAACCUGAACGCUUUCAUGAAUUGGAGGAACUCUGAGCUGGUGAAGAGGAAAAAGCACGACAACGCACAUCUCAUCAGUGGUAUUGACUUUGAAGGAGACACCGUGGGGCUGGCUUUCCUUGGGACUCUUUGCUCAGCUCACUCUGUUGGAGUCGUACAGGAUCACAAUGACCGGGCCAUUGCAGUGGGAGCAACUCUGGCUCGUGAGAUGGGCCAUAACCUGGGCAUGAGACACGAUGACUCCAGCGGCUGCGCUUGUUCUGGUGAUAGCUGCAUCAUGGCUGCAGCGCUCAGCCGGAAUAUUCCUCGGACCUUCAGCAACUGCAGCACCAACAGCUAUGAGAAAUACUUGCUGAACCGCAGCCCGAGCUGCCUGCUGGACAAACCAGACUACAGCACGCUGGAGGCCCCGUCGUUCUGCGGCAACGGCUUCGUGGAGAAAGGAGAACAGUGUGACUGUGGCAGCUUGGAGGAGUGCACCAACCCGUGCUGCAACGCCACCAGCUGCACACUGAAGGAGGGUUCACAGUGUGCUGAGGGAGAGUGCUGCGAAGACUGUAAGAUCUCGCCUCGGUCCAGGGAGUGCCGCCGGCGGCAGGAUGAAUGUGACCUGGCAGAGUUCUGUGACGGGAAGAGCGCCACCUGUCCCGAGGACGUGUUUACUGUGAAUGGCGUCUCGUGUGAUGGAGGUCUGGGGUACUGCUACAACGGCCAGUGUCCACAGAGGCCAAACCAGUGUGUCAAACUGUAUGGACCUACUGCUACAGACGCCGCUCCGUCCUGCUACAACCGGAACACCAGAGGAACCUACUACGCCUUCUGCAGACGCCCCGAUGAAAACACAUACAUCCCCUGUCAGCCAGAAGACGUGUUUUGUGGGAAGCUCUUCUGCCACGGCGGUAAUGACAACCCAAACUACGGCCGCAUGGUCAGAGUAGGCACCUGCAAGGCCGCCUUCUUUGGAGACUACACCAAAGACUACGGCCAGGUGGACACCGGCACUAAAUGUGGGGAUGGAAAGGUGUGCAGCCAGAAUGAGUGCAUGGAGCUUCAGACAGCGUACAGAAACACAAACUGUUCAGCAGAAUGCAGCGGCAACGUUGUGUGUAAUCACAGAAGUGAGUGUCACUGUGAGCCUGGCUGGAUGCCUCUUCACUGCAACUCCAAUAACGCGUCUUUGAGUCCUCUUUCUACCGGCUCUGAGACCAGUUCCUCCACCAAAGGUCUGAUGUCCUAAACCUGGGGAUACUCACCUCUGUCUGUUGUCCCCACCGGGAACCCGAUGGAGUGGUUGUACCGGUGACGUGCAGCGUGCACAACGGACAAACUGGACUUUAAACUGUUGGCAUGCUAUGCACUGAGGACUUGUUAUUACAGGGAUGAGCUUUUGCUUUUUUAAGGCACUUUUUUAUACUCUAGGGUUAGCGUUAGCGCAACUAGGCCCUGAAUGUGAGCCGUCGUUUUAUACAAGUUGUGUUAUUUUGUCACAAUAAUGGUACAGAAUAUUGAGUUUAACUUAAAUUGGGUUUAAUGUCAAAUAGUUUUUUUUUUUAUAUUUUGUGUUGUAUUUUCAAGUCAAAAGAAUAUCCUGAACUGCUUUGAUUAACUUGGUGUAACAUGUCAGGCACUGACUCAGGGAAUCUGAUAGAAACUCAAAGAAUUCAGAUGAGAACAAACAGUGAUAAUGAGGACUGUAUUUAUCCUGCCACUCUAACGUCCUGUGAUAUGCUCCAUGUCAGCAGUUUUAGUUAAAUCUCAAGCAAUGCUUUCAUUAAAAAUGAGAAAAUGCAAGAAAGGAACAGAUAAAUGUAGGAGAUUUAUUUGUUAGAAGAUAGAGUAGGUUAGCUAAUUUCCAAUUAAAUAACGUGUCAGAAUCACUUUAAUGUUGGGGUAUUUACAAUCAGCACAAUGCUUGAGAUUUAACCAAGUGACAGUGUGGGUUGUACUUUAUUAUUAUUACUAAUCUGGUUCAUGUAAAUAGAUUUUUGCAACGCACACUUGUCAUAGUGUUGCUUGUCACUAUGUGAACAGGUACAUAAUGUAUAAUUGUGAGCUCAAUAUCCAGGUUUCUCAUUCAGUACCCCAGGGAACAGCAAAAUGCUGUUAAGGGAGUUUCAUUUGUAAUGUUCCGCACUAGAUCAUCAUGAGGAGUGUUUUGAUGUGCAAAACAGCCUUUACGCUUCAGCUUCCAUUAGUUUUCCUUUUGUUUGUAUUUUCUCUGUUUAUUUUGGCGGCUAAGUGCAAUGUUGGAUGACAAGUAUACACAGAGCAUUAUUUCACUAAGCUCCUGCUUUUCAUGUUAUUUGCCGCUUAACAGCCCAGAGCAGCUUUCAUCCGAGGAGCAAUGACUGAUGACAUUGCAUUAUUAUUAUAUAUUUUUUUUACAGAAACGA